GUUACCCAUUGACCUUCACCUACCCAAGCCCAACCAACAAAAGAAAAAAACAAAUAAGCAGCUCAAAUGCUCAGUGCCAAAAUCUAUUGAUCCCAAAUCAGAAAAAGUUGAGCAAAAAAAUGGCGAAUCAUAGAUUUCAAGGACUAAAAUGGUGGCGAAAAUUGACAAGAAGAGAGUGGACUAUUGCAGCAGCUUCAUUAGCUAUUCUAACUUUUACACUUUCCUUCAUCUCCCACUCUCACAGAUACUCUAAUAAUUCAACGACGACUCCUAACGAUUUGAUAACCUUUACCCCUUUAAGCAAUGCCCAAAAGAAAUCUGCCUUUUGUUUAGAUGGAAGCUUACCUGGGUAUCAUUUGCAGAAGGGUUUUGGAUCUGGGUUUGAUAAAUGGGUUCUUCACAUUGAGGGUGGAGGCUGGUGUAACUCAAUAGAAACAUGUUCUUUUCGCCAGACAAUGAAAUUGGGCUCCUCAAGGUUCAUGGAGCAUGAAGUUCAGUUUUUUGGGAUUUUGAGCUCUGACCCAUCACGAAAUCCGGAUUUCUUCGACUGGAACAAGGUCAAGAUACGCUAUUGCGACGGCGGAUCCUUUUCUGGACACCCAGACAGUGAAUUUAAAAAUGGAACAAAAUUCUUCUUCAGAGGCCAGGUUAUUUGGGAAGCAGUAAUGGAUGAACUCUUGUCAAUAGGACUUUCUAAUGCUAAAAAGGCACUUCUUUCGGGAUGUUCCGCUGGAGGUUUGGCAACUCUCAUACAUUGUGAUGACUUCCGAGAGAUUUUACCCAAGGAUGCCAAUGUCAAAUGCCUUGUUGAUGCAGGUUUUUUCCUUAAUGAAAAGGAUGUUGCUGGAAGUCCCACCAUUGAGCGAUUUUAUCAAGAUGUCGUUAACCUCCAGGGUGUGGCAAAAAGUUUAAAGAAGGAUUGCACGUCAAGAUUGGAACCCUACAAGUGUUUUUUCCCUCAAGAAUUUAUAAGCAACAUAAAGACCCCUGUUUUCGUUGUUCAACCAGGAUAUGAUUUUUGGCAGAUACAGAACAUCUUGGUACCUGGUUCAUCAGAUCCACAUCGAAGUUGGUUCAAAUGCAAGCUAAAUAUCAACAACUGUAAUUCCAAACAGCUUGAAGUCCUGCAAGAUUUCCGAAAUUCUUUGCUCAAAACGCUCGAUGGAUUUCACAAAAGUCCAGAAGGGGGCAUGUUCAUAAAUUCUUGCUUUAUACAUUGCCAAACAUGGGUUACUGAGACAUGGCAUUCUCCUCGUUCUCCAAAAAUCAAUAACAAAACAAUUGCAGAGGCUGUAGGAGACUGGUACUUCAACCGUAAAGAGGCAAAACAUAUUGAUUGUCCAUUUCCAUGCAAUCCUACUUGCUAUAAUAUGGAUUUUACUCGAUGAUGACAGGCCAGUUGCUGCAGGUUUACUGAUAUCUUAUGUUAUGCUCUAUUUGACUGUACUUUGUGGGAGAUUUUUAUGCAAAUAUGAGAAACCAUGAUUCAGGCAGACAGGUUGAAGGUAUGCAGCCAGAGUAUUCUUGUUUUUCCCUCUAUUGUGAGCAUUCUGGAAUCGCGACGUUAAUAGUGAAAGCUCACCUGCCAUAAUUUUAGUCUGGAGUUUAUCUAUAACCUUGAGAUCAACAACUUCAUUUGAAAGUGUUGUUCCUAUAGUUUGUUCCUUACCACAAGUAAACCGUUGGAAAGAUUUAAUUUUUGAUAUUUGAUCUUUUUACUAUUUUAAAAGGCAAAAAUUUGAAUAUAUUACAAGUGACUAUUACUUAUUUUUUGAUUCACCUCUUGUAAAUGGAGCAAUACUCUAUAAUGUUAAAUGUAGUUCUAAUUUUCA